CAUAGCUUUUAGCUUAGUAACUAGUCUGACCGAUGAGCACUGAUUUCACUAGCUUUGUAUAAUUUAAUAAAUUGACAAACAGUUGGAAGAUAAUGUAUGUGACACAUUCUGAGAUCUGUGGACUCUUUGGAUAAAACAGAUUUUUGCAUGACAGAUCUUUUAUUUAAAUUUUACAUGUUUUGGGGAUUGUUUGGAAAUGUAUUCUGGAAGAAAUCUAAAGACAGUUAUUUGCACCAUCUUCUUGUUUAUUGUCCACUCAGCUGAAGCAGAGGUGACCAGAGGCUGUUCUCGCCCAUGCUCAUGCCCUCCGUCUCUACCCUCUUGCCCAGUUGGAGUGAGUUGGGUGUUGGAUGGGUGUGGUUGCUGUAAGGUGUGCGCCCAACAGUUUAACCAAGACUGUGGCCUUGACCGGCCCUGUGACCAUGUCAAGGGCCUGCGCUGCCACCUAGGGGCCAGAGGGGAACCUCAGCAUGGUCUCUGCAGAGCUGAUUCACACGGACGCCCGUGUGAGUUUGGAGGCCUUGUUUAUCAACAUGGGGAGGAUUUCCAGCCUAGCUGUCAGUACCAGUGCAGCUGUAUGGAUGGUGUUGUGGGCUGUAUGCCCCUGUGCCCACACCACGUCCCUCUGCCCAGCAGAAACUGUGCCAAUCCUCAUCUGGAGACCCGACCGGGUGGCUGUUGUGAGGAGUGGGUGUGUGAUUAUGAUAACAGCAUCAUAGAAGACCCAUUGGACCCCCUGCCUCAUCAGGACCUGACCAACCACAUUGACAGACUCUUAAAGAAUGUAAACAGCUUCCAGUCCAGAAGGGGCAACUAUCAAGAGUGGGCAUCCUUGCCAGUGUCUCAGGUUCCUUUCCUAUCCUCUGAAUGUUUCCCACAGACCACCGAUUGGUCAGAAUGCUCCGCCUCCUGUGGUUUUGGCAUCUCAAGUCGUGUGACAAAUAGUAAUGUAGAGUGCAAGCUUGUUAGAGAUACACGCCUUUGUCAGAUCCGAGAAUGUGACAUCAUUCCAGCUAUGAAGAAAGGAAAGAAGUGUAGACGAACCGUGAGAUCUCGGGAACUGGAGCAGAUAACAUUUGCUGGCUGCACUACAGCUCGCCGCUACAGCUCUCGUACGUGUGGAUCGUGCAUAGAUGGCAGGUGCUGUCAACCGUCCAAAACCCGUACAGCACGUCUGCGAUUCCACUGCCCAGAUGGAGAGAACAUGACACGAAAUGUCAUGUGGAUUCAGCGUUGCCAUUGCAGCAAAAGCUACUGUGGACAUCAGAGAGGUCGCACACUCACAGUGAGCCAUAGCGAUGAUAUACACACCUUCUCUCAAUGAGCACACACACACACACACACACACACACACACACACACACACACACACACACACACACACACACACAUAACUUCAGCCCUCAUCACUUUACCAAUACCAAUACCUACACUCAAACACAAACAUACAGUUUAACCAGGGCCGGACCAUCCUACAGAUGAUACAGGUGGCCGCCUAGGGCCCUGACAUUUUCGCAAACACGUACAAAAUAAAUGAACAAGUCAUAAGAUUAAAAAACAUUGAUGACUUUUAUUUUGAAAUUCUUCGCAGUCCAAUGGUUUCUACCACUCACACAUUUAGGAAAAUGUGCAACAUGCCUGAACCUGAUCAUUUAACAUACUGUACAGAUCAUAAUGACAGUGAAAUCUAAAAACAUCGUAAAUGAGCUCUGAAUAAUCACGAAAAGACAAAUAUCUGAAAGUUACAACAAAUAAAAUAACAGCAGUGUAUCUACAAUCGGCAAGAUGUAAAGCUAAGCAGUACACACUAAUCUGCAUAAUUUAUUCACAAUCCUGGGAACUGAAGCACGGCUUCUUAUAUCAGUAUUAUUAGACACAGAUCGCACACCUUGAUGAAUAAUGUGCAAGCCUGACAGAAACGUAGGAAAUAAGUUAUGAAAAAUAUUGCUUUGAGGCUUAUUUUGUGUAAAGGAUAGCAAACAUCACUUGUCAAAUCAUUAGGGCUUUUCACGUUUUCUCAAGCAUAAUCUGCAGGGGAUGGAAUUCAGACACUGCCAAUAUAAAGGCAAAAAACUCUCAUAGAGUGAAAAUAUGAGCAAUUAAUCUGGAAAAUAAUCUAACCUAAUCUAAUCUGCAAAGAGCUCUGCUCUCUAAGAGGUAUGUGUUUAUUCUUUACAUUUGUUUACAAAUAUAUAUUUCGAAGUGUUGUGUUUAUGGCCUUAUUUAAAAGAUGUAAUUUAUUUAUACAUAAUUAUACAUUCUACCUUUAUUUAUACCCCCCUAGAUGUAGUUACCUUAUUUCCCCUGAUUUUUUUAUUCACUUCUGCACAUAUUCUGGCCAUCUUUUUGUUUUCAUAGAUUUUGUUGCUCUAAAUAAACCUUUAUGCGAAGUUAUGUGGGUAGUUAAAAUGGAAUUUCAAGUAUUGUUAGCAUUAGUUAACAUUAACUAACAAUGAACAACACUUAAUAAUCUUGGUUAAUGUUCAUUUCUAUAUAUAUACUAGUCCAUUUUUAUUGUAUAAGUUAACAUUAGUUAAUACAAUGUGAACUAACAUGAACAAACAAUAAACAAUCAAAUUUUUAUAAAUUGACAUUAGCCAAGAUUAAUAAAUGCUGGAAAGUGUUAUUAUACAUUGUUAAUGAAACCUAAUGCAAACCUUGUUGUAUAAUGUUAUCCAGUAACUAUAAUAACUGUAAUGUCUCAUAUUAAUUGAGACACUAGUUAUUUGUACUUCUUUAUGUUAGGAAAAAAAGCUAUUGGACACUUUAUUUGUCAUCUACCGAACUAUACAGUGUAGUGCUUCUUUAAUAGUGAUUUCUGUUCAAAUAAAUCUGUUCAUCACAUUUGCAGUGGUUCUAUGGAUGUUUUAAAGUUAUGACUUUAAAUAAGGGGCCCAUUUCCGUGAUUUCGCCUAUGGCCCCACAAACCCACGGGCCAGCCCUGAGUAUAACUCGCCAUCGUUCCACAAUGGCUAAAAUCCACUUUUCACUACAAAUAGAUGUUUCCAUUCUCUGGGAUGGUCUUUCACCUUUAUCUACAUACACUUCAACAAUGCAUCUUAGUCCCUAGAAUCUGUUCUAGUUUUGUAUAUAGAACAUGUUUUUGCACUUUAUUUGUUUCUGUUUUGCUAUGGCCUGCAGGUCUUGUUCUAGCAUUAAAGAGUGAAUCUUACAAAAACAAGUGCAGGCCACAUUUCACUGCAGAAUAAAAUAAAUAAAUAAAUAAAAAUAAGGAAAUAUAUUUUGCACAAUGAAAAGGAAGCAUGUAUUAAGGACCAUUAUAUAUAGUUUUUUUUUGCUUUGUAACAACAUUUUGGCACAUUUUUACACAAAUUCCCAUAACCGCAAUGUAAAAAAAGAAAUAAUCUAAUUUUUUUGCAGUAAUGUGUCCAGAUGUUUUUUUUUAUUUAUACGUUUUUUUUUUUUUUAGUACAACCCACUAUUCUCUUAUAAAUACAGUAGUUCACUGUCUAAGUAAUAUAUACAUAUAUAGCAUUGCCCCAUCAUGAGUA